UGCCUCAGCCUCCCAAGGUGCUGUGAUUACAGGUGUGAGUCACUGCGCCCAGCCUCUGCCUGUAGUUUAAUUAGUGCCUAUGUUUUAUUAGGUGGCAAGUGUUGAAUUACAGUUUUGAUUAAAACCCUUCUAUUUUAGAGUUGGAGCAAUAGACACAGGUUUACAUGUUAUUUAUCUAAAAAUUUCUGUACAUGCUUUUCUUCUAAACAUACAUUUCAUUGUUAAAUUGGGCAUUAGAAGCAUGAUACAUUUCUUAAAGAGUUAACUAUACAGGCAAACGCUAUUAAUGUUUAACAAGGCAUCUGUUUUUCUUCUUGUCCGUGCUCUUCCCCACAAAAGCAGAGAGGGGAAGCUGAGUAUGGCUUGAGGGCACAGGGCGCGGGGUACAGCAUCUCCGCUUUACUUAAAAAUGAGCGGUGGGUGGAGGAUUCAGGCACAGAGAGUGUGCAGGGCACAUACAGGAUCCUACUGUGCAGAUGCAGGAUCCACAGUGGGGACAGGAUGAAUCGAACUGUAGAGCUUGUUUGAUGCAGAGAUUCUUCUAGGCAGAAAUGCGAAAGCUUCAGGUGUUAAGUUUCACUGCUGUUACUAACACUGGAUAUUAACAAUUUAAAACACCUUUGACAUAUUUUCACUUGUAUUUCAUGUCUUUUGGUUAAGAGUUGAGCUGUUGAGCCUAGUUUUAUUGUUGACUGGCUUUUUGCUGAAAAGCUAACAGGUUGAAUGGUUUGUUAAAUCUAGAAUCUUCGAGGUAGGCCCACACUAUCACAUUAAACUCACAAGUGUGGAUCACAAGUGAAGGAGUAUUGCACAGAAUUUUUUUCCUUUCCUUAUAAAAUGCAUUAGUCUACGCAAAGAGAGACUACUUUAGGGGGGAAAAAUCAUAUAUUUAAAAUAUAUUAACACUACCCUAUAUUUAUAUAUUUUGGUUUCUGUUUUGUCUAAGAGUUCAUUGUCCAAGUCGGUGGACAGCUGAAUCUCAUUUUUCUGACUCACUUCUGCGAUUCUUACCUUCAGAGCUGCUUGGAUUAUUUAGCAGUGGUUCUCUCCUUUUCUUUCCGGUUUUAAAUUAGCAGUUCUGUUUCACUGAUCGGUCAUUUGUCAAGCAAAUACUCAUUGAGUUUCUAUUAAUACCAUUAAACCAGGCCUUUGUGUUACUUAGUUAUUGAGAAAAUGAUUUCGUCUGGGUUAAUGAGCUAAAAGGGCAUGGGAGACAGUGAGCCACCAGGAGACGGGACACGGUGAGCCACCAGGAGACGGGACAUGGUGAGCCACCAGGAGACGGGAGACGGUGAGCCACCAGGAGAGUGGGUGCUCCUGAGCUUCACUAGCUGUGCUGCUUCCAGCUGAUAAUGAGUUUUUGUUUGAGAAACUAAGCCCUCUGGACGGGGCCUCACAGCAGAAUGGGCAUGCAAGCUCAGCUGUUCCCCCCUGCUUGGCUUUUAAUUGGUGCUGGGUGAGGCACGUGCAGGGGGCGGGUGAGGGGCAGGGAAAGAUCCUUAAAAUACUUGAGAAAAGGGCCUUUCCUGCAACUUGGUUAAGAAACCGUUGCAAUCACAAUAAUAUUGGACUGAAAGAGGUUGGUCUUCAUGGAAUUUUAGUAACCCAGAGUUUAAGACAGGAGUGAAAUUUCUUGUCUAGUUCUAAUUUGCAAACUGGAAAAGUGAGUCUGGGCAGAAAUUGGGUUUCCAGUGCCUGUCGGUGACCUCAGCCAUCAACCGCCGUGGAACCACAGGCUGCCUGGAGAGUCAAACCCUGACUGUAUUGGACUCAAAAAAUAAAUAUCAGUAACAAAUGCAGACUUAGAAAGUGUGACCCAAUGCUUUCACACUCCUCUGUACUUUUCUUUUCAUCAAUUAGUGGUUUUCAAAGUGGAUAGCAAUAUGAAUAUUUCUCUUUUUCAGUGAUACGGUUUUUCUCGUCACCAGAAAGCUAUCCUAUACCUUGUACUUGGCUCACGUGCCCUCAUGGCCGCACGUGGGGGGCAUCAUUGUGGCACCUGGUGGGGUGGCAGGUGCCUCCUCCUGAGGCAGCAACCCCAAAAGGUAAGCACGGUUCUGCCCAUGCCCCCAUUUCCAGCAGGCCGUGUCAGCGGUAGGACCAUGGAUACCAACUGGCGAGGGGGAGCGCCAGGAGACAGAGAAGACGGCUGCCCGCUGGGGCUUCUAGUCUCCCUUCCAGGAAGGAUUUGAAGUAGCUGACACAAUUAAACACGACAGAAAAGAGGACUUAAAAAAAAAAAAAAGCCGAGAAAAAUUUUAGCAGACGUCUGGGAUAGAUUUAGCUGUGCAUUUUCUGGCAGUGAAGGUAAAAAAGGAAAUCUCCAUCUGGGUCUAAUAAAAGGCACUCCAUAGAUACACUGGGGAAAAGAAACUUUUUCAUUCAAGGGAGAAUUAAUUAUAGAAGGACGCUGGGAAAUCUAAAUACCAUAAACGGGUUUUGCUGACAUUUCAAGAAUGUUCAGAUUGAGUUUUUUUUUUUCCGUUAAAUAAAAAGUUGAUUUCUUUGAGUGCCCCGAAAGCCUGGCAUUGCAUGGCAGCCCAGCAAGGCAGCCUUCGGCGCGACUGAUGGAGGCUGUUUCCGAUUGCCUGAGCUCACACAAGCACAGGAAUUACAGAACCCACAACAGUGAUUUCUGUGGGUUUGUCAACAGAACUUCUUCUCAAAGCAUUUUAUUUGUAUAAAUUUAUAAAUUCCAAGAGUUUAUUUAAUAUGAAUUCAGUGAAAAAGUAAGACUUUAGUGAACACAAAAUCUGAAGCGAGAGGUUAUGAUGCUUGCUGGAGUCGAUCUGUUCAUUUCCAGGCUCCGUUUUGGUUGCAUUGUGUAGAAGAAACCUUCACUCACGCAGAUAAGAAGUCCUAAGUGGUCACAGGGCUUAGAACCCUGCACCGUGCAACCUCAAAUAGCUCCAGAACCUUGACAGAGUCGUUACGGAGUUGAACUCACCAGCCAUUGCGUGAUUCAUCUAACAUCGCUUACAUUUCCAACGUAAAGUUAAGCAGCGCACCAAACCUUUCGGCAGUCGCAAAGUGAGACUCAGCACUAAGGAGCCCCUGAGUUUUCCGAGGUGCAGCCGUGAGCCCAACGGUCCGUGUGCUCCUCCAUGCCUCUGUGUGCAUGCUGUGGUGCCAGGCCACCUCCCGCUCCUCCAUCAGCGCAUGCCCAGAGCCUGUGCAGGGCCUCCAUGUGUGCGUGGGCAUGCCCAGAGCAGGUGCAGGGCCUCCUCCCGCGCCUUUGUGUGCGCGUGCCCAGAGCAGGUGCAGAGCCCCUUUGACCUUGCUUAAGGGGCGCACUGGUGUGGACCAUGGUGUCAGGAUGCGGGUUGUGAGGGGCAGCAUGGACAGAGGGUGAGAACUCGAGCCCUAAUCCAACCACAGUGUUUGAACUUGACCGUAUCACUUAGCACAUGUUUUAUCUUUGGUACGUUAUCUGUUUUUUCUUAGCUUCAGUUUGCUUGUCUCUAAAACGGGGAUUAUAUGGCACCUUCAUGGGAGUUGCAUGAUAAUCAAUAAGAAACCCCUGUAGAGCUGCUAAAUAGUGCCUGACACAUAGGAACACACACACACACACACACACACACACACACAACUCAGCUAACUUUAUAGGAAAAGGUGUUAUCACUGUGUUUUCUGGGGUGGCCUGGAGCUUUCCUUCUGCGGUAGCAUCUCAGCAACAAAGCAUUAUCUUACAUGUGCUUCACGUUCUAGAAUAUGAGGGGUCUGAGCCACUGAUGCUGUUCAGCCAGGAGCACCGCGCAGGUGAAAGAGAAGAGAGCUGCUGAUGAGAAGUCCUGAUCUUUCUUCUCCCAGUUAAAUUAAAAUGUGUGUUGUUUCCAGCGUGCCAGAAGUAUAUUUACAAUAUAAUUGUGCAGGUUUUCUAUAUUGAGUAUGUUUUGGAAAUCUGUCCCCUAGUGGCAUGCAUCUAAGGCACUGUCCAUUUUAGGCAGAGAUGACAGUAAACAAAUAUAUUACUAAACUUACAUUAAGACUAAAAAUUAAACUAGAUUAAAAUUAAAAACUUUUGUGCUUCAAAGGACACCGUUAUGAAAUUGAAAAGAAAAUCCACAGGACGGGAGAGAGGAUUGGCAGAGCACAGAUCUGGUCAGGUAUUUGUAUCCAGGGCAGCAUUGGAAGGCUGUGGAGCUGUUGGAACCCAUAUGUGCCUCUGGUGGGAGCGUUCAAAACCAUUUCAGAAAACUGUUUGGCAGUUUGCAGUAAAUAUAUGCUCCCGGAAACAACCCAAAUGUCUGUCAACAGUAGAAAAAGCAAAAAUAAAUCGUGAAAUGUUCACAUUAAAUAAAAUGAACAAACAACAUGGGUGACUUUUGACAGCCUAAACAAGGAAAAGAAGCCAGAUAGAAAGAGUGUAUUACAAGAUUCAUUGAUGCGAGGUUCAAAGCUGGGCACGCCUGGAGGAUGGAGGCAGAGGUCAAAGUGAAUGAGACCUUGGCAGGUGGGAGGGCCUGCAGUCACAGAAGGGGCUUCUCAGAUGCUGAUGAUGUUGUAUUUCUUGGUCCUGAUGACACUGGUUACCCAGGCGAAGGCUGAGCCACACACCCAGGGCAGGUUAGGCACUUUGUGAGCAAGUUAUCCUUCGGUGAAAUGUUCAUUAAAACAGAUCAUGAGUCAUGUAGUGUUAAAUAUUACAGAUAAAUAUUUGUAAUAUAUUUAUUACAGGAGGGAUGGGCUUCCGGGGGGGGUUGGCAAGGGCCAGCCAUGCUGAGCUGUCGUGGGCAUAAAGACCUGAAGGAGAGGAGGAAAGGGGCUGGGCUGAGGAACGGCACGGGCAGAGGCCUCAAAACAGGACUCAGCUUGGCUGUGUCUGAGGAGCCGUGAGACAGGGAGGUCACCGAGGGCCUCGUCUAAUUUCUCCUUUCAUCUGAGUGGAUGGAAACCUUGGAGGGUUUUGGGAAGAGCACGAAAUGAGCGGGCUGUAAGGUUACAUGGUCACUCUGGUUUGUAUUGAGAGUAACUGCAGCAGGCUCAGCAGGGGGCUCGGGUGGAAGCCGCUCUGUGUCUUGGAUUAACAAACACAGGUUUGCUGCCCAUGCUACAGCGGUCAGCCUGUUGUGCCUCCAUAACUGGCCUCGCUGCUUUUUCAUGGUGCAGGGAAAUGCUGCUUCCGGAAGCCCAUUCAUAGUCUCCUUUGUAGCCUGAAAUUGACCCUGGAACAGUUCACAGGCCCUCUCCCUCAGCCCUUUUACUUUUUUCUGAACCCAAGCUGUGGUCUGAAACCCUCAAUCCUCCCAUAUCUUUUCAGCGCCAGCUUCCCAAAGCUCUGUGCCUUGGGAUAAAGUAACUACAACUUGUGCCGGGCGCGGUGGCUCACGCCUGUGAUCCCAGCACUUUGGGAGGCUGAGGCAGGUGAAUCAU